UCUCGCUUAUAAAAUUAACCCACAAAUUCAUUUCUUCACCUUACUGUACGCUCGAUAGAAAAUAAAAAUCAGAAAAACGUUUCUAUUGUGUUCUCUUCUUGUGAAUGGCAGUUAUCGGAAAAGCUAUGGAUCGGAUCAAAGGUCCAUGGAGCCCUGAGGAGGACGAUUCGUUGUCAAAACUAGUACAGAAACACGGCGCAAGGAACUGGUCGUUGAUCAGCAAAUCAAUCCCGGGUCGAUCCGGCAAGUCAUGCCGUUUACGGUGGUGCAACCAGCUCUCUCCGCAGGUGGAACACCGAGCGUUUUCGUCUGAAGAAGACGAGACUAUAAUUCGGGCUCACGCCCGAUUCGGAAAUAAAUGGGCCACUAUAGCCCGUUUACUCAAUGGACGGACGGAUAACGCUAUUAAAAACCACUGGAACUCUACGCUUAAGAGGAAGUGUUGCUCUCUUGACGAGGGGUACGAUGGUAAUUUGAUAAAUAAUGAUGGUGAUAUCAAUACGACGCCGUUGAAGAGAUCUAUGAGUGCGGGUUCAGGUGUGCCAGUGUCUACUGGUCUUUAUAUGAAUCCUGGUAGUCCAUCUGGAUCUGACGUCAGCGACUCGAGUGGUGUUGUGAUGCCUUAUAUUUUCAAACCUAUCGCUAGAGCUAUGACAGUGCCAGCUGUUACUCUCGUUGAGACGACGUCGUCUUCAGAUAAUAUGAUCAGCGACGAUCCUCCUACUUCGCUUAGCUUAUCGCUUCCCGGAGUAGAAUCAACGGAGGUUUCCAACAACCGUGCCGCCGAGUCAAAUCCGGCGAAAGCGCCGGAGUCUCCGACAACAGCACCACCGAUAAUAUCACUGAUGACUCCAGCUGUGAUGGAUCAAGUGCAAGCGAAGCCGCCUACGGCAGCUCCAACUAAUGCUGCUGGCGGUGGAUUUGUCGGGUUUUCAUCAGACUUUAUGGCGGUGAUGCAAGAGAUGAUAAGGAGAGAAGUUAGGAGUUAUAUGAUGGAGCAGGGCGGCGGAGGAAACGGCGGCGGCGGUGGUGGGAUGUGUUAUCAGGCGGACGUGUUCAGAAAUGUUGUAGGUAUGAGUAGGAUUGGGGUUAGUAAGAUUGAGUAGGGAGGAAGUAAGUAGUUAAAAGUGAGAGGUAAAAAAAAUGGGAUGGUAAAAGCAAAAAACUGAACAGACUAGAGAGGAAAAACUGGGCUUUUGUUUUUACUCUCUUCUUUUGGGUUUUUUUAGGGAAUAAUUUUGGGCAUUGUACAGAGAAAAAGGAAGAGAGAGGGUUUGAGAAAAUGUUUUGACAGCGGUAAAAAAAGGGGGAACGAAAAAAUGUAUGUAAUGUAAAAACUCUCUUUCCAACUUUUUACCCAUUGGAACAAAAAAUGAAAUGGAAAAGAAAAAACUUUCCGAAUUAAA